AAAAAAACACAAUAACGCAAUAAAAUAUAUACAAAAGGAAAAAAAAGAAGAAAAAAGAUGGAAUUAAAAUUUACAUCGUUUGCAUUUUUAUUAUUAUUUUUAGCACGAAUUGGAGACGCUCAGCCAACAGCUUCGCCAGAAGUCUUUGACGUAACCAAAUAUGGUGCAACAACUAAUGGAGAUAUCAGUAAGGCUGUGUUAGAUGCAUUUAAAGAGGCAUGUGCAGCAACAAGCCCAAGUACAAUAGUAAUACCAAAAGGUACAUAUCAAAUGAAUCAAGUAAAACUACAAGGUCCAUGCAAAGCACCAGUUGAGCUACAAGUUCAAGCCAUUUUGAAAGCUCCUUCAGAUCCUAAACAACUCAAUGCAGAUGUUGAAUGGUUAACUGUUAAUUAUAUUGAUCGUUUCACACUUUCUGGUGGUGGUGUUUUUGAUGGCCAAGGUAAACAAGCUUGGGAUCAAAAUAAUUGUAAGGAUUCCAAAAGUUGCAGCAAUCUUCCCAAUAAUUUGAGCUUCAACUUCCUUACAAACUCAACAAUCCAAGACAUAACUUCACAAGACAGCAAACUAUUCCAUAUCAACGUGAAUGGUUGCAAGAACUUGACAUUCAUCAGAGUAAACAUCACAGCUCCACCAGAAAGUAUCAACACAGAUGGCAUUCACGUCGCGCGAUCGAGCAACGUGAACAUUACAGAUUGUGUAAUUGGUACAGGAGAUGACUGUAUUUCUGUAGGAGAUGAAUUGGAGCAGCUUCAUAUCACUAGAGUUACAUGUGGUCCUGGCCAUGGUAUUAGUGUUGGAAGUCUUGGAAAAACUCCAGGUGAAAAGCCAGUGGUUGGAGUUUAUGUGAAAAAUUGCACAUUUAUUAAUACUGAUAAUGGUGUUAGAGUAAAGACAUGGCCAGCUUCACAUCAAGGUGUUGUCACAGAUUUGCAUUAUGAAGAUAUCAUUGUGCAAAAUGUUAGCAACCCUAUUGUCAUUGAUCAAGUCUAUUGCCCUUACAAUCAAUGCAACAAAGAUUUGCCAUCACAAGUGAAGAUAAGCAAAGUGAGCAUAAAGAACAUAAGGGGAACAUCAAGAACACAAGAUGCAGUGCUUUUACUGUGCAGUAAAGGUGCACCGUGUGAUGGAGUGGAGGUUGGAGAUAUAGACAUUACCUAUAAUGGAAAAGAAGGACCAGCCAAAUCUAGUUGUGAAAAUGUGAAGCCAAAGUUUGUCGGGAAGCAAAAUCCACCAAUUUGUGCUGGAGCUCAGUCUUCUUGAGCUCUUUUUAAUUAGCUCCCAAUUUUUGUGCAAUUUUUAGCAAUUUGUUUUAUAUAGUAUUGAAUCCACCAGUUUGCACUGGUCUAGCUCAGUCUAAUUGAGCUUUAUAGCUUCUAAAUUUUUUUAGUUCUAGAGUUUUUAUUUUUUGGAUAUCCUAAUUGAAAUAGGAUGUGUGCACUAUAUAAGAUGUGCAGUGUAUUAGAGUGUAGAAAUUACACAUGAAUAAUGGAGUAAUAGGAAAUCCUCUUGGCGAGAGAUUUUUGAACACGAGA